AUGCCAAGUAAAAACAUUUUAAAGCUCUUAGCAUCAUUGCUAAGAAUUGCUACUUAUUUUAUUUUUCUAUUGUUGAUUUUAUUGAAAAUUGCUUUUACAAUUUUCCUGGCUCUAAUAUUAUUGACUUCUUUGAUUACUGCUGCUUUGAUUUUCGCAUCUUCGAUUUUAAAAUUGAAUAUGAUUCUGAUUUUAUCUUUCUUGUUGUUCCCUGGUCUCAUUGUCGGGUUUUCCGUAUUAUUUAAAAGAACUAUCAACAAAUCUGAAUCCACUUGCUCAGAUAAAAGUCGACCCACAAAUAGAGAUUUUUAUAAAAACACAGAUGAUAGUAGACGUUUGCAUUUCCAUGGUUACUCUGCUUCAGAUAUCGAAAUUGAAUAUUCCAACUAUUUAUAUUCCAUACAAACAAUAUCAACCCUCAAUUCUGAAGAUUAUAAAACUCCAAUUGGGAAUCAUGUAUCAAAACAAAAUUAUUCUUCGGCUAUAGAAAAUAUUGAUUCAUAUUCCUUACGAACUACAAAUAUAAAUGACAUAUUUGGUCUAUUUUAUAGAACCACUUCUAGAAUAAUUGAUUCUGUAAAAGAUUACGAAUCAGAACAUGAAGAUGUUCGUCAUUCAGAAGAAGAAAUUCAAAAUUCAAAAAAAAAUCUCAAAUCUAUGUUUGAAGAUAUUUAUAAAAAUAUUCAUCAUUUAGAAAAAAAUAUCAAAUCUCUAAGUGAAGAUUGUCAUCAAUUAGAAAAUUAUUUGUCCAACAAAAACACAAAAUUAUAUGUCGACAUUCGUGAUUUUCUAAAAGAAUUAAAAAAAUUUGAUAAUUUUUAUUUAUUUGGAGAUAUCCAUUGUAUUGGUGGUGUUCGUGCUUAA